AUGGAUGAGAGAACAAAGCGACUGGACGACUACAUUUCUAUGGGUCGUUACGUGAUAUUAGUAUGCGUAUUGGCUGAGCUUAUGAUUCUACCUCAAGUCUCCUCCAUGUAUUACAUGAUGUAUGCAGGUGCCUCUCCAUCAUUGUCGGCAUGUGGUGACGACCUGAUUUUCGACCCUGAGCUGGAUGAAAAGGAAGUGUGCCGGCUCUACCAACAAGUCGCUUUGGAAAAUUGCUCUGCUUCAUCGUUGCGAUAUGAAUUUAAAUCAGUGAAUGUUGAGUGGAAUUAUAUCUGCGAAAAUGCAAGCAUCAUCAAAAACUCGAUAUCCGUGCAAAUGAUCGGCGUGUUGACUGGAUCUGUAGUGUUUGGCCAACUCAGUGACCUGUACGGAAGAAGGAAGGGAAUGUUGGGUACAAUGACAGGAAUGGCCGUAUCCUUGUUGUUAGUUGCAAAAUCAGCCACACUCGUGCAGUUCACAGUUACUCGAACAAUUGUCGGUUUCUUCACUGGCGGAAGCAUUGCGAUUUGGAUCAGAGAAUCUCCUCAGUGGUUGCUUCAACGUGGAAGAGUCAACGAAGCAAUUGAAAUAAUGAGAGGAGAAUUUAACUGCUUCAAAGAGACGGACAUGAACGACGUCAUUGAGAAGGAGUACUAUUUUCCUUUUAUUUUUGAGCAACUCCUUGGUGGUAUGGAGAUGCGGUCUGAUUUUAUUGCUCGAAGAGGUGAGGCGAAUUGGCAAAAGCUUUAA